GACUUUGGGAUAAAGUAUAUCUGAAUUCCACUUAAAGUAAUACUUUGGCAUUUUUCGCGGCCCGAUUGGCUUUUGGGCCCUCAUGUUGCCAUAUUUCUUUUAAUUUUUAUUUUGUAAAGAAAGAAACGUAAUCGUCCCUGGAGACAGUGUGUGUCGCGAAGUGAAGGCUUAUCUGUAUUUUUUUCAAGGGCACAAAGCUGCGGCUCCCACUUCGUUUCUCAGCCGCUGUAUUCAGCACUAAGACUCCUUUCCUCUGGAGCGGUCUCCGUCAGCGUCUCGCGGAUGCGGGACUUUGUGGAGCAAUCAGUGGACUCGAGUUCUCUGACGUCACCGCUACUGAGAGAGAGCGUUCGGGGCAUCAGCAGCAGGCUAGCUGGCUAACUGCGGCUAACGUCAGCUAUGGUCCAUCACCAUUGUCUCAUUUCUGAAAUAAACAACUCAUUGGAACCGCUCGCAUAGCUCGGAGUACGCCGGGAGCAUGGGGACCGCUUGGAUUUUACACUCUAGCCGAAAUCGCGAUAGCGCACAGGAGCGAGUGAAGUGCUUGCGACACUGAUGCUAGCUGUAGGCUGUAGCUGAGAGCACUCAGGAUGAGUGGGGCUGGAGAGCACACAGACAUCCUGUCGGUGGGAGACGUGGUCAGAGACAGAUGGAAAGUGGCCAGGAAGAUAGGUGGAGGUGGGUUUGGGGAAAUCUAUGAGGUUCUGGAUCAGCUGAGCCAGGCCACAGUGGCAUUGAAGGUUGAGUCUGCUCAGCAGCCCAAGCAAGUGCUGAAGAUGGAAGUGGCUGUGCUGAAGAAGCUUCAAGGCAAGGACCACGUGUGUCGCUUUGUGGGCUGUGGUAGGAAUGAUCGCUUCAACUAUGUGGUGAUGGAACUCCAGGGAAGGAACCUUGCAGAUUUGCGCAGAACGAUGACCCGCGGCACCUUUUCUGUCUCCACAACUUUAAGACUUGGCAAGCAGAUUUUAGAGGCCAUUGAAAGCAUCCAUUCUGUCGGCUUCCUGCACCGUGACAUUAAACCAUCAAACUUUGCGAUGGGAAGACUAGCCAGCACCUGCAGGUGCUGCUACAUGCUCGAUUUUGGUUUGGCCCGUCAGUUCACCAACUCCAGCCAGGAAGUCCGUCCACCUCGUCCCGUGGCAGGCUUCAGAGGAACUGUGCGAUACGCUUCAAUCAAUGCUCACAAGAAUAAGGAAAUGGGUCGUCACGAUGACCUGUGGUCGCUCUUCUACAUGCUGGUAGAAUUUAUGGUUGGUCAGCUUCCCUGGAGAAAAAUUAAGGACAAAGAGCAAGUAGGAAAUCUAAAAGAGACAUACGAUCAUCGACUCAUGCUGAAGCACCUUCCCUCAGAGUUUAGUACCUUCUUGGAGCACAUCAUGACCUUGGACUAUUACACUAAGCCUGACUAUCAGCUCCUGAUGUCUGUGUUCGAGAAUGCCAUGAAGAGCCACAACGUGCUGGAGAAUGACCCCUAUGACUGGGAGAAAUGUGAUUCAGAGGAUAUGCUGACCAUCACUGCCGCAGCAACCACUGCUCAGCAGCUCACCCGCCUCACGCCAGCAUACUUAGGCAUGGCCAAUGCUUCAGUGCUGCCAGGCGAGCUGCAGAGGGAGAACACUGAGGAUGUCCUGCAAGGGGAGCGCCUCAGUGACGCUGACAACUGCCCCCCGAUCCCCACGCCGACCACCCCUGGUGCAGAUGUAUGGGAAGAGAUGGACCGUAACAAAAACCAUAAACACGCUCAGCCAAUGAUCAGGAAGGUUGUGAGUGAGGAUGAACACAGUCAGAACCAGGGAAACCAAAGUCCAAACACCGGCUCCAUGCAGAGCUCACCUAGACGGGUGCGUUCAGAGACAAUGUUUUUGGAACGGGCUGCACCGUUGCUCCGGAGGAUGAGACACAGCCAGAGCUUGGCUUUUGAAAAGAGGCUCGGACCAGAACCCAAGCCCACCAUUGAGCGAUUCCUUGAGGCCUACCUGGGCAAACAGCGGCCUGUCCUUUCUCAUGUUGGAGAAAAGUCAAUUCCUGAAAAAGGCCCUGAGCAGCAGAUGUCUUCCUGCAAUGAAGAGCGCUCUGGCACAGCAACCCCCGACCCAGAGGAAGCUGCAGCAAGCAGCGGCUUUGUUGCUGUAAACUUUAGUCCUGUGCCUCAAGAGGGAGACUCUCAGGAGUGGGUGAUGCUGGAGCUAGAGCAAGGAUCUGGAGGAAGCAAGCCAGCAGCAGAAGCAUCACACGAGGGCAAGCCCGGGUCUCACAUUGCUGCUGACACGGAGAACCACUCGUCCGAGCGGCAGGAUGGCCAGUCCACCGGUGUGCCCAGCAGCCCUGUGCUGUCACAGAUGGCCAUGCCUGGCACGUGGUUACUGGGACACAGAAGGCUGCCGGGCAUGCUGGGACAAAUGCCUUCAGUCAUUAUGGGAAGGUCCCAGAUGGAGCAGUCCUCCAGCUGUGCGCCACAAUCACCUGUACAGGAGAGGAGUGAUGCAAUACCUCUAGAGGCACCAUGUGGUAAAUCUGAGGAAGGGAAGUUGGACUUGGCUCCUGUCCCAAGCCUUGCCAAAGGCCCCACAGCUCAUCUGGCCAACGACAGAGACCCAGAGAGCGAUUCUGGUCUGCCCGAUCGCUCAUCGGAGCCGAAUCAGCAGCCUCAAGCCGAUACCGUGGGCGGUGCUGUGGAGAGCACAGUCACCGUGUCCUCCUCGCCGCCUCCUGCUCUGCUCAAACGAAGGGACUCUCCCUCAUCGCCAAGGUUGAGUCGAAUCCCUGUCCGAGAUCCCAGCAACCCCCUGGACUCUCCGAGCAGGGACUUGAACAUAGAGAAGCGUAACCGCUGGAGCAGUCCCAUCCCUGGCUCCCCCACCCACUCACCCUCUCCAUCUCUGUCCUGUGACAACCUCCCCUCCGCCCUGCCCAGAGACAGGCUCUCCUCAGACCGAGGCUCCAGAUCCGACUGUGCAGGAGAAGACCCUCUCUCGCUGUCCUUGUCAUCAUGCAGUAAAAGUAAAAUCCCACGUCCUGUGAGUGCCACGUUUGUGCCAGAGCAACUCACUAGCAGGUUUCUGCCCCGGCCACCUCCUGGGAAACCGCCCAUCCGCCCAUGUGUAGACAACAGACGGCGGCGGUUAAGGGUGCGUGCCAGCAGCACCAGCGACGCAGACUUCCUGGCGAGCCUGACCCAGCUGAUGCAGGACCGCAGCGGGAUGCUCUUCAGCCCGCCUCCUUGCCCUCGCAGCUCAUCUUCCUCCCUACAGCGUUCGCUCAGCUCCUCCCCGUCCCGGGAGCUCCGCGACGGCGGGGCACUGCAGGGCCGUAGCCGCUCUCCGUCUAGCUUAUCUGGCUCCCCUCCUCGGCACGCUCACCCUCCGGACAGGUCUGGCGGGCUGGGUCAGUGGAGCCACGGCUCCAGAGGAAGGGGUUCGAUCUACGAGGGUAAAGGCUCCGGCAAAGUGACUUGAUGUGGCCGUGUUUCCACACAAAUGACUGAUCCGUAUCGUGCAACUUGUAGCGAGAGGCUGCCUCACAUCCAGUCACCCCGAUAGCAUGUGUAAAUAUGGUAUUUACUCAAGGGAAUGUACUGUAUGUAAUGUAAAGUGUAUGAUAAAUUGUAUUUAUUUAUUUAUUCAUUCAUUCCUUGGAUGUGUCUCUCAGAAUACUUGACUUUGGUGGCUUGAUACCUGCAGCAGAAACACAAAUAGUGAGAAAAUCUUGAGAUUGCCAACUUUUACCUCUCAUAUCACUACACUCUCUUAACACUCCAUAUAGGCCUACUAUGAGACCAAAAAGGUUAUGUUUAAUACUUGAGGGAUGUAAAGAAACCUAAAAUAAAGUAAUGCUAAUUGUAGAUAUGUACCAUUAGGAAAAUGGUAUACACUAAUAGAGACCAUGUACUCACAUUUAGAACACUACAGUAGUAAACAACACCACAAGCAGCACACAGACAUCAGCAUUCAUGUAUAGAAGCAGGGCAUGCAGUCCCAUAUUGACCUCACUCCUGUAAAACUGCUAGAUUAAUUAUAGUAUGUAACAAUGAAUUGCUCAUUUUGGCAUAUCAGAGUGUAAUAGUGUGCUCUUACUUUGCUAUAAAGUAUUUAACAUGCAGAAGGCAUCAGCAUAUUAGAAUGUACAUGUUUAAGUGCACUCAUACUUUAGUAUUGUAAACGUGCAUGAGUGUCAUUGCAAAUGAUUUCUGGGUUGUUUUUUUGUUUUUUUUAUUUGUACAAUCGGCUGAAGCAUCUGCAUUUUUAUUGAGCUGCUUCUGAUCAAAAUACAUCCAUGACAUAGACCAGCAAUGACUUGGACUAUUCCUUCUCAUGAGUUUUAAAUUGUAUCUUGUUGUUGUGCUUCAUGCUUAUCUUAAAGACAGUUUUAAUAUAGUUUACAUUAUAAGUAAGUAAACAAAUGACAACUCCCCAAAAAAAGGUUUUCCACCCCUUUACGUCUCUGCUUCUUGAUAAUUAACAGAAUUUCUGCAGUUUCUGUUAGAAUCAGCCAGUUAUCAGAUAAGGGGGAAAGAAUGCACAGAUGAACCUCGACUGAGCACACUCAAGUGAAAAAGUGAGGUCAGACAACAUCUAAUAUUUAGAUAAAGGUAGAUUAACUAUACAUCACACUGUGUGGUCUUUAAGAUAUGAUGAGACCUGAUUACCUGCAUACAGUAGUUCAUAAUACUGUGAUGAUCACGUUAUCAGCUUAAUACAGUACUUUUCUCUUGGAGUGGAGGCUUACUUGUUGUCCUAAAAGUAGAAUGGAAGACAGAGACUUCAGCUAUCACAGCCCUCUACUUAGUUGUGCUGCAACAGGACUUCCGGUGAUGCACUGAACACUACAAUUCCAUUGAUGUGCCAUGAUGUGAUGUAUCCCAGUUUGUGUUUUAUCGUCAUCUCUCUAUGUUCUUUUCUUUCCUUUUCCCUCAUCUCCCCCAGUUGUUUAUAGCAGAAAACCACCCCUCCCUAAGCCUGGUUCUGGUCUCUUCCUGUUAAAAGAGAGUUCUUCUUUUCCACUGUUGCCAAGUGUUUCCUCUUAGGGGAUUGUGUGGUUAUUGGGAUUUUCUCUCAAAUAUUGUAGGGUAUUUGUUGGCUCCAUAUUUUAGUGGAUUGCAUGUUUGUUUGGUAAAUGAAAGGUGGCAAUAUAAAUUCAAGUGAACCAAAAUGGAAAUUUGCUGGCACGAGUGUACAACUUCAACAGUUCCAUUAGUGAAAAUGUCUUAACAUUUAAAUGCUAAUUUUUUUCUUUUCUUUUUAGAUUUAAAGUAAAAUAAGUGUUCUCGAUUCAUAGCAUCAUCCAACAUGCAGGAAAGUGUAAGAAAAAGCUUUAUAGUAUAAAAUAUGUUUAUUUACAAUAUAAGGUAAGCUGACAGGUUUUAUGUCAUAAUGAAAGGUCUUUAAAAGUUAUGCAUACAUAUAUUCUGCUCUCCUCCAAUUAGCAUACAGUAGUUCAUAAACAGCCAGGAACUGCACCAAUGACAUGCUUAAUUAUAGAAGGACAAAACUUUGAGCGGAUGACAAAAAUGGUUGGAACCCUAAAUGAGAAGCCAGCACCACACGAAACCUAAAAACCACAGGUUUCUUUUGAGGUCUAGAAGAGCGGCGCAGACUGUCUGGGGUCGUCUGGUAAAACGCUGAUGGAGUCCUCCGCCUUUCCACACAGCAUGCAGAGCAUAGUGUACUCCUGGACAACACAGAAAAAGACCCGUAAAGUAACAGAAUCCACAGUGUGAAUCUCGACCGGUUUGGUGACGACAGCGCUACUUGCCUGAUAUUCAUCGACAACAGAGAAUGUGUAUUCGUGCCUGGCGAUGACGUGGUCACAGUUUUUACAAACAUCUGGAAAGACAAACAGAUGACGGCAUUAUUUUUAAACUUGCUUCUGGAUGGGUUUUCCCACAGUCUGGAAGUAAAAUAAAACAACAGCAAAAAAAAAAAAAAAAGACAGAUUUACUAUAAACUACUGUGUGUGACCAUUUUGAUUUAAUAA